AUGACUGACGUAGAGAAUGGCGUCAAACAACUGGUCACUAAAGCCAACCUAAGGCUAGUUGGGAUUCUGGCACCUCACCAGGACGUGAGGGAGUCAACGGCGGGGAGUGCAACCGGUGAGGAAAUUCCCGAGAAACACCCAGAUGUGUCGCAACCUCCAAGGAGGAGGACAACUGGAGUGACAAUCGAGGAACCCUCCAGCACCACGCGAGCAGCCGCUCCCCCUGCCCCUUCGGGAAAGGGAAAAAAGAAAGCCUCCAAACCCUCUGCACCCAUUGACGAGUCUUCAUAUGAGAACGACAUGCCAUCCGAAGAGAUGUUCAACCUCUACAGUGUGCCUGAUGCUCCUGCGAUCAAGAAGAAGACAAGCAGGCGGCAUCGUAGGGAGAGCAGUAAAGAGCCUCUGGUCAAGAAGACUCGCAUUGAGGACCCUCCAGCAGCUGGUCCUUCGAAAAAUACAACACCACCUCCAUCUCCCCUUGAGCGACAAUCUCUGCCUGUACUGGCCGGGUCGACCCCUCCUCCACCAGCUCCUAUUGAUCAGACACAGCCAGCUGCCCCUGUUCAAACAGGGGAUGACUUAUCGAGCCGUGCUCUAAAAUCGGCCAAGGAAAGGAUGACAUGGAUCCUGAAGCAUGAACACAGCCGAGAAGCCAUGGCUGGGACAGAGUCGAUGGAUGUCGACCAUAUCUUGAACCGCGCACUAAACGAGCUUGCCAGUGCAAUGUUGACCAUGACUGCUGGCCGGCUCCGCUCGGGGGUCAUCACUGAGCAAUCCAAGGCGUUCGAACAACGGCACGCUGAGGAACUUAAGGUCAUUGAAGAGAAAUAUACAGAGCAGCUUAAGGCGGCUCAGAAGGAAAAUGCCGCAUUGCUCGAGGAGAAAAAUAAGCUGGCCGAGGAGAUGAAGCAACAGCAGGUUGCACUGAACAAAGCCCUUGAAGCAAAGGAGAGGUACAAAGAGUCCCACCUCACCAAUUUUCGCGAAGCCAAAAGACUCGAGGCGGCCCUGAUCGAGAGUAGGCAAGAGGCUGAUAAGUUGGAGGCUCGCAUCAACGAUCUCGAAAAAGCCAACACCAGCAAUCUGGAGAGGUACAAGGGCACCACGUCCAAGUGCUUCCAUGAUUUCUGGAAACACAACCAAGGGGCCGAUUUCAGCUAUCUCUCUCAGUGCAUGAGGCAAACUGAAAUAGCCCGGUGCGUUGCUCUCUUGGAGGAAGAAGAAGGAGUGAAAACCCCAGCCUCGCACGAGAUCUCUUUGGCCACUGGCAUUGAAGGCAUAGAGAAUGAAGUCGAAGCUGCAGUCGACCAGGAAAAUCCACAAGACCCUCCUGCCUCAUGA